AUGAGAACUUGAAUUUAGUUGGUUAUAUUACUUGGCCCAUCUCUUUCUUUAUUUUUGGGCUCUAAAAAGGAUGUAUCCUUAUACAUACUAUAGAACAUUGCCAGUGUUCAUAUAUCUAAUGCAGGUGGCCAGAACCUUGUAAAUGCAUGUUCUUGAGAUAGGCUCAUAAACUAAUUGUAAACUAAGUUUUCGUCGAGUCCAAAGGUGGGGGGAGAUCCUACGGUGCCCUACAUUAGUUCUGCAUGCUCAUAUUGUUUUGGGAAGAGGCACUCAAAGCUCCAAGUCUGAGUUCAAGAGUCUCCGCUAGGUAAAUCUUCUGAUCUUGUUGACCAUCAACAACAAAGUAGCAGGCUUCAGUUUAGUCUGCUGGUUCCCGACCUCCAAGUGGAAGAACUCAAAGUCGAUUCAUUCGCAGCGAGGAUUUCCCGACUCAAAAGAGGUAGAAUAGAACUGUCUGCUCGAGAUUCCACUUUCCAAGAACUCAUACAUAUACCCAGGUGGAUGCUCCUAUUUUAUCUUCUCCUGCCUAUCUAAGAAUCAUGCUAUUUAACGUGGGUAGAGGCGAUGUCAAGUUGAUGCUGUAAUCCAAACUUAAGCUGUAUUAGCCUUCAAAACAUUCAGUUCAUUGACCUUAACCCGUUCUUCACCUAUAAACCAUGCCUGAUGGAUCUUAGUGGUAAGGCAUGGCAUACUAGAGCUGAUCUAGAUUUACAAAAGGUAUCUUAAUUGGAGUUAUUAAGAUCAAAGAAAGAGAAGAGGAGUUUUAGAAACUUGCAGAGUAUGUAGGCUUAAUAUGAUGUCAUGACACUAAACCCUAACCCAUAUUUCUUUAUGAUACUAAUUUGGUAAAAAUUGCUUUUUUUUGGGGGGGUUAAACACAGAAAUAUCAAAUUUAUCCCUUCAAACCAAGUUUGAGAAAAAAAAUAUUUAUGAAAAUGGUUUCAUAUAAUAUUUUUUUAAAAUAAUGUUAAAUAUAUUAUCAUAAUUUGUUCAUAUUGGGGUCCAGAAAAAUUAGCAUCGUUGAAUUUAGUGGUCGAAUGUCAAAGAUGGUGAUAUAAUUCUUAAAUUUGAAUCGUGGUAGAGAUCGGGUAAAAUUUGGAGGGAUAAAUUCGGUAUCCAAAUAUUUUGCAAGAAUAUGUAUACAUAAUUUCCUGAAAAUAAAAAAGGGCCUUUAUUUUAAGCGUGGCUAUAAAUUCGAGCGUAAUAUUUGAUGAGUUAAACCGGGUCGCGGUUUGGAUGGUUUCCCCCUUCCCGAGCGAACCGGUGAACCCUAGCGGACUCGAAGAGGAGGGAGAGCACGAAGGCCCGCCGCUUGGAAGCACGGAGCAGAGCGAGCGGGGGAAGGGAUGGUUUGGUUUCAGUGUGAAGACUGUGGCGAGAACCUGAAGAAGCCCAAGCUCCCGAAUCACUUCCGCAUCUGCUCCGCCUACAAGCUUUCGUGCAUCGACUGCGGGAAGACGUUCGACCAAGAGAAAGUGCAGAGGCACACGCAGUGCAUAUCUGAAGCGGAGAAAUACGGUCCAAAAGACCAGGGGAAAGCUUCCCAAAAGGCACAAGAGAAGCCCGACAAACCUAAGCCAAAUGCAGAUGUUGAUGUUAAUGUUGGUUUAUCUUCACGUCCCCCUUGGUUCUGUAGUCUUUGCAACACUAAUACUACCAGCAAGCAGACUUUGCUACUCCAUGCCGAUGGCAAGAAGCACAGAGCAAAAGCACGAGCCUUCCAUGCGGCCCAGAAACAAUCUACUCAAACAGUGGAACCAACUUCAAAUACGGAGAUUGCUGAUGGCAAACCAUCGGCUAAAUCCAUUGAAUCAAAUGGUUUUCUGAAAGCAGAUGAACCUAGGGAUGAAGAAACUGCCAAGGUGGUUGCAGAAGUUGAAAAUGAAAGUUCGGUGAAGAGAAAGAGAAAAUUUGAUGUAAUUGAGGAUUUUGCCAAAGAUAAUGAGAAAAAUGUGCAUGACUUGAGCAAUGGGGAAGUGAUACAAGCAAGAGAAACAGGAGCAGAGGGUCAACCAAACAAAAAAAAGCAUGUGGAAGAUCAUCAUGAUAAGCAGUGCCACAGUAAAGAAUUUCCCCAGCACAAAAUCAAGUGGAAGAAGCUCGUCACUUCUACCCUCAAGAUGAAUCCAGAUCUUACAAUGAAGGUCAAAAAAUUACAAAAGAUUGUCAUUAAGAUGGUCAAGGAGUCUGGUGUGACUCAAGAUGAGGGACAACUUAGGGGGAUGCUGAUGAACAAGAUCAAUUCAAGCUCCCGGUUUGUGGUUGAUAACAAGAAAAUCCAGUUGGUCAUCAAAGCCAAAGAUUGCUAAUGUCGUCAGCCACAAAGAAAGCCUGUCGGAAUUUUGCACUCUAUCAUAUGUGUUGAGUUUGGUUCUGCAGCUUCUAGUUUUUGUUGGGCACUCAAACUUAGGCUUGCCUUUGCAACUAUUUUUUGUCAUGAUUCUUCCUGAUUUAAGUGAGAAAAACACAAUUUAGAAAUAGGGUAAAGGGUAAAGCUUCUCUAUAUAAUCAGGCAUCAGCCAUUUGGUUUCUCUGAUGUUAUUUAUCAAGUUGUUUACAUGGAAUGUGUACUAUGAAACAUGGCUGGAGGUUACAGGGAAAUUGAUUACUGGAUGCUUAGUUCACAAAUGAGCUUAAGUUGGCUCAAAGUGAUACUCUCAAGGCUGUACGUCAGUAAAUUAUCAGUCUGAUGAUAUGGGUUAAUGCUGGUUUGUAUUUUAUUAUUUAUAUUUUCUUAAUCUAAGUGCUGAAGAUGAUAUUUGAUCAUAAGAUUUUUAUCAAUUAAGUUAAUUGUAUUAGGUAUUGAUUCAA